UGCACCGGGACCCCAGGCGAGGCGCGCUCCGGAGUGCACUGCGGGGCGCAGGAGGGUGCCAUGGCCUCCCGGCUCCUGCACCGGCUGCGGCACGCCCUGGCCGGCGACGGCCCUGGGGAGGUGGCGGCCGGGCCCGAGGCCGAGCAGUUCCCGGAGAGCUCGGAGCUGGAGGAUGACGACGCCGAGGGCCUGUCCUCCCGCCUCAGCGGCACCCUCAGCUUCACCAGCGCCGAGGACGACGAGGACGAGGACGACGAGGAGGCCGGCCCCGACCCGCUGGCCCCCCGGGACGGGGCGUCGGAAGAAGACGCAGAACCGAGCCCCCCGCCCGAUGGGCCUCGGGGCAGUCAGCUCCUGACCCGGCAGCUGCAGGAUUUCUGGAAGAAGUCCCGGAACACCCUAGUACCCCAGCGGCUGCUUUUCGAGGUGACCAGCGCCAACGUUGUCAAGGACCCACCCUCCAAGUACGUGCUCUACACCCUCACCGUGAUGGGCCCAGGGCCUCCAGACCGCCAGCCAGCCCAGAUCUCCCGCCGCUACUCGGACUUUGAGCAGCUGCACCGAAGCCUGCAGCGGCAGUUUCGGGGCCCCAUGGCUGCCAUCUCCUUCCCCCGGAAGCGCCUGCGCCGGAACUUUACUGCAGAGACCAUUGCCCGCCGCAGCCGGGCUUUCGAGCAGUUUCUGGGCCACCUGCAGGCAGUGCCCGAGCUGCGCCAUGCCCCGGACCUGCAAGACUUCUUCCUGCUGCCUGAGCUGCGGCGGGCACAGAGCCUCACUUGCACUGGACUCUAUCGUGAGGCUCUGGUGCUCUGGGCCAAUGCCUGGCAGCUGCAGACCCAGCUGGGCACCCCCUUGGGCCCAGACCGCCCCCUGCUGACCCUGGCCGGACUGGCUGUGUGCCACCAGGAGCUGGAGGAUCCCGGGGAGGCCCGGGCCUGCUGCGAGAGGGCCCUGCAGCUGCUAGGGGACAAGAGACCCCACCCUUUCCUAGCUCCCUUCCUGGAGGCCCAUGUCCGGCUCUCCUGGCGCCUGGGCCUGGACAAACGCCAAUCAGAGGCCUGGCUCCAGGCCCUGCAGGAGGCAGGCCUUACCCCUAAGCCACCCCCCAGUCUCAAAGAGCUGCUUAUCAAGGAGGUGCUGGACUAACCCUUGCCUAGUCCACUGUGGGAAGGGGCUGCCCCAGGAUAGGAGGGCCUGAUGAGGACAUGGGCCACAGCUGGGAGGCUGCAGGGGCGCUGGGAACCCCUAGAAGUUUCACAAAGAGAAUGCAGCAGACCAAGGAACUUUGCUUCUUCUGUUCUGCUGGGCUCAGGAUGAGCUUUGGCUGGAGUUGCCCUGGGAUGGUGCAGGGAGGAAGUCUGAUGCAGCCUCUCCAACACAUA